GUGCUGGUUUCAUUUUAGAUUUUAGAAUGCUUAGAGAGAUGGUUUUGAGUACAAUUUCCGUUUUCAAAAGGUCUUGCAAUUAUUUGUAGUGGUACGUUAGGAAGAAUGCGGAUAAAAUACUGGGAGAGACUGGUUUUCUUUCCUGUAAGGAUGCAGUCCGAUACCUGCUAAGACUGCAGGCGAUUAAUAGUGUUCCAUUGGAUUGCAAUCUUUGGUGUUUCAACCUGCCUAUCUUUUUCUCCUCUUACGUCUUAGCGUUCAUCCAGAAGAGGGGUCACUGCUAAUUGGUCUCAAAUAGCGAUUGUACUCUCUUAUCUUUUCAAUUGUUGAGGUUUCAUGACCUGCUUUGUUCACAUGUCUUGAGUCGACCACCACCCUAUUGUAAGUGUAAGAAUUUCAGAAGAAGCCUUAUUACUUUGUCGUGUGGGAACACUUUUUCUCAUGGUUUGCUUUUCAUGUAUUCAAAGUAGCAGAGGUUUUUCCAGAAUUCUCAUUAAACUAUAAUAAAUACAGGAAAAAUGGGGAAGGAAGACAAACAAAAUAGGAACUAUGCAUUUGGAUUUUGUGCAAGAAAAAAAAAACUAUGUUUAAUUCGUUUGCAUAACUGAUUAGAAACUUAUGUUUUCAAGUUUAAAAAAUAAGCAUGAAGAAAUUAAAGCUUAAAGAACUUGAAAGCAAUCUUCAACAAGUUGAUGAUUUCGAAAAUCCAAAACUGAUGCUGGAACAAUAUCCAACAAGGCCACAUAUUGCAGCAUGUAUGCUUUAUACCAUUCACCAUACUUUUGAUGAUAUUGAAGAUAAGAUUAUUGCAGAUCUUGGAUGUGGUUGUGGCAUGCUGAGUAUUGGCAGUGCUAUGCUAGGAGCAGGGUUAUGCAUUGGAUUUGACAUAGAUGCUGAUGCACUAGAAGUAUUUAACAGGAAUGCUGAAGAAUUUGAGCUCCCAAAUAUUGACUUGGUUCAGUGCAAUGUCUGUUCUUUGUCUGACAAAAUGCCAAAAACAGUUGAUACAGUUAUUAUGAAUCCUCCAUUUGGAACGAAGCACAAUAAAGGCAUGGAUAUGGCUUUUCUCAACACAGCACUGCAGAUGGCAAGAACAGCUGUAUAUUCCUUACACAAAACAUCAACCCGACAACAUAUUCAGAAGAAAGCAGAUGAAUGGAAUGUGAAGAUGGAAGUUUUAGCAGAACUGAGAUAUGAUCUUCCAGCAUCAUACAAAUUUCACAAGAAAAAAUCAGUAAGUAUUAACAUUUACUUCAAAGCAAAAAAAUUGAAUUGUGGCCUAACAACUGAGCCAUAUGCUAAUGACCUAUAGAAGCGUUUCAGCGAGAGCUCUAUUAGUUCUUCGAUUGCCCUGCCCAAACACACAAAUUGUAAUUAAGAUCAGGAUUCUGAUCAUCAUCCUUCAGGUUUUUAAAGAAAAAUCAGGCCCAAGUUUCUAAGGGGACAGACUUGAAAUACAGUGAGGGGUUAGUCCUCUUGAGUCUUGUGUCAAGAAUCAUGGACUUGCACAGAAGUCAGGCAAUGCACUGCUGGAUCACAGCAAGUUUAUUUCAUUUGUAUACUGUCCAAUAGCCAAGGCUCUCUGGGCCAUUAACAAAGUUUAGCAUUUUGUUCAGACAUAGAAAGGUGCUCAUGGGAGGCAUCAGCACCCUCUUGCUCCUGUUUCUCAGCAACUGGCAUGUUGCAUUUAGUAGCAGAGCUAUUAUAUGGCCAUGGUAACUAGUAGCCAUUGAUAUCCAGUCUUCUCCAUGAAAACUGGAUGUCCUUAUGUAUGUCUCUGGAUAUAGACCAGGAACAUCUGUCAUUGUUGUACCUUGCAAAUCAUGUGUGCAAGGAGAUACGUGCUGUGCUGGAUGGGUGUAAAAGGCCCAUUUAGUCCAGAAUCCUGUUCCCAUAGAGGCCAACCAGUUUCCUGUGGGAAGCUUUCAGGCAGGGCAGGAAUGCAGCAGCAGCCUCCUGCUUGUGUUCCCCCACAGCAGGUACUGAGGGGUGUGCUCUGUAUCAGUAGUGUCACCUUUAUAACAGGGAAAGUUAUUGUUUACUCACUGUCCGGAUUCCAAGCCUACUGCUGUAGCGUGUAAAGCAGCAACUGUGGGCAGGGCAGUCAUGUUUAGGUGUAUAAAGAGAAUGGCCACCCCAAAGCACUGCUGCACAUCCAUCAGUUCUUCAUCACAUAUAACUAUUCCAGCAUUUUAGACCUUAUCAUACAAAGAGCAUGUAUACAUGAAAGGAAGUCCUAAGGAAGCUAGGCCCCUCAUGGCCCCUUCUAACUCUAUUCUAUGAACUACCCUUUUCAGUAAUGCAAAGGGUGGAGUCCAGCAUCCCGUGCCCUCACUGGGGGCUUACAUGUAUCCUGCACAAGGAACAUGGCAUGGAGAUGUCUCCACACAAGUACAUACCAUGUACUUGUCUCGAUAGCUUAAAAAUGCUGGGGAGGGGUGGGAGAAAAACGCUAGGGCCCCAAUGGGCAUUUGGCAGAAGCCCUUGGCCCCAGCCUCUGCCUUGUCCUGCCUCCAGCACGCCUUUUUUUUUGCCCCAAGGCCCAGUUGCAACCUAGGGUGAAGGGCAGCUGGCAUGGUUCUUUCCACACUGGCUGUUUGGGGGCAGAACAGGGGCUUGGCCUUUGGAAUUCCGGCUCCAAGACUCCAGGAUCUUGGACUCCAAAUAACCCUAUGGCCUCCCAGAUAAUAUUGGGAGGCCACAGGAUUAUGCCUUAAGCCCCUUUACUAGUGAAAAAACACAAGCUCUUCAUAGACCAGCCUUCUACAACCUGGUGCCCUCCAGUUGUGUAGGAUUACAAUUGCAAGCAUCCCUUAAUCAGCAUGGGAGUUUCCAACCAUCUUGAUGUCAGCAGAUCAGGGAAAGCCAGUACAGCCACAGACAUCUUCUGUCAUCAUACAAAGGAAAAAGAAAGAUUUGAGGACAUUCUGCGAAAGCACUGGAGAGCAAUUCAAACCUGAAUUAUAUGAUUAGGAUAGAUUUAUGUGAACAGUUGCUUUAUUUCAUUUAUAGCUCACCCUUGUUUCAUGGAACUCAGGGCAGUGAUACAAUUUGACACAGCUAUAAUUCCACUUUUGUAAUUCAACACAGUAGUUCAUUGAAUUCUAACACCCAAGAUACUCAAGUUUAUUUGGUAUACACUAAAUAUAACUUUUGUACACAGUUGAAUUGGAGUGGUUCCAUUUGAGCCUUUCCUUUUAGCCUGAUUCUAAAGCUAGUAAAAAAUAGCAUGUUAAAAUAAGCAAGCAUUCUAAGGAAAGAAUCUCAAGUGUAAUUUUGUUUCUUUGUCCUUUGCAGGUGGACAUUGAAGUUGAUUUUAUUAGAUUCUGUUGUGAAAAAAAGAUGAAUGGAGGAAUGACAUAAAACUCAUUUUAAAAAAUUAAAAUGUUUUUUGAAGUACUA